AUGGCUGCGAUCGAUCUCGUCUAUCCGGCGCUGGAAGAGGACAAGCGCAAGCUGGCCGAACCAGCGCAACCACAAACCCAAGCUGCCGGAGCUGCCCAGUCCGGACAAGAGAGAAGGAGCAGGAAUGGUCUUGCCCUGGUAUAUGAAGUGAUUGAAGUUGUGGAGGAUGAGGAUUCGGCGCCGCCGCUCUCGGUAUUCUAUCCUCCUUCGUCGCAUCCGAAACCUGCUCAGGCCCGUCCCCAGUGCUUUGCCCGCAAAUCCUCUCUCGGAUACUGCCCUCGUCAUAGUUCUGUUUUGGAUAAAACUACAGUCAAUGACCUAUUAACAUGGCUCUCAUGGGUAGAGACAUGGGCAUCCGAGGCAGGCGAGGGGGGUGAGGUAGAAGAGCUGCAUGAGAGACUGCAAUCACAACUGCAGCACUAUACCGAGCCGUCACCCGCCAUUGUUGGUAUGACCGCGUACGCUGGUGUCGGGCCUCUGUUACCACUUGGCUCUGCUCGGGAAUUCCUAUCGUUGUGGUUUGCGAAGACCGAUCGCAUGGAUUCUUCUGCCGAGGAUGUGGGAGUGAAAGACUGCAUCCGUCCCGUCUCCACUGGUUCCGCCACCAGCCUCCCCAACGUAUCGGCACCCGCCAUCGUCGGCUCCACCAAAUUCCCAUUCAACCACCGAGCCAACGUACUUGACAGAGUUGCUGUCAUGGUACCCAGCGGAUGGGAUAGUUGGGGCAAGAUCGAUGUUUUGAGAGAUGGUUCCGACACCGCACUGGUGGAGAAGGGUUGGAAAGUCCGCUUGAGCCAGUAUAUUGCCAAGUCUGCGGGUCAAGAGCCUGAAGAGGAUGAUGGAGAACCUCUCGAAGAGUUCUUGCAGGCGCUUCUCCCCUCCUUCGCGUCUCCUCCCCCGCAAUCUCUGCCAACCUUACAACAGUCACCGAGCCCUCCCAAAACUUCCUUUCCCGUCUACUCGACCUCCUCAUGA